UUCAGGGCAUAGAGAAAGAGAGCGCGCAGAGCAUUGUGUACGUCAGUGGUUUUCCGCUAUCUGGCUGCUCUCUGGUGUGACCGGGGGAGAAAGCGGAAGGAAUAUGGUUCCAUCUCGCACCCCUCCCGCUGCAGCGCUGUCAUAACGGAGCUUUCGUGCGGGCGGCUGGGGCUUGUACUCGGUCCACGGAAUAACUAGGAUUCCUGCCUUUCCGGUUUAACACGGUAGUCCAUGCAGCAGUAGCGGACGUCACGGGAACAGAUGGUGGAAGCAGUGGUAGAGUUUGACUAUGAGGCUCAACAGGAGGAUGAGUUGAGUCUGCGUGUCGGUGACAUCAUCGUCAAGGUAACCAAGGAUGACGGAGGGUGGUGGCAAGGAGAGAUAGACGGACGGAGGGGGCUGUUCCCAGACAACUUUGUCAGAGAGAUAAAGAAGGAGGUGAAGAGAGAGGCGGAGCCUAAAUCUGAUUUGUCCAAUGGCAGUACAAGCCCUGUGCCUGAGCCUGACCUACAACCAGCCAGGAAAGGAGAUGAGAUCCGCCAGAGGAGGUGUAAGGCUUCCUUCAGCUAUGUUCCUCAGAACGAGGACGAGUUAGAGCUGAAGAUAGGAGAUAUCAUCCACAUACUGGGGGAGGUGGAGGAGGGCUGGUGGGAGGGCAGUCUAAACGGUAAGUCAGGGAUGUUUCCCUCCAACUUCACCAGAGAGCUAGAGGACACGCCCCCUUCACUAGACACAUCCACCAGGUCAUCACAGGAGGAGCUAUACGACAACAGGACCAGUAAAGGCAGUCCAGGCAGCGAGAGUGACGGCGGAGAGAGUCGCUCUGACAGCGGAGAGAUUCAACCCAAGAAGGUUCGAGGGUUUGGGUUCGGUGACAUCUUUAAAGACCAGCCAAUCAGACUGAGACCUGCAUCUGGAGACAUGGACACAGAGGGAGAGAAGGCACAGGUUAGGAAAUCACCUUCUGUUGCUCUGGAAACUAUGAAGGCGGAACCUGAGGGCAAUGUGAAAGGCCGUGAGCUGUGUAAGGUCAUCUUCCCAUACGACGCCCAGAAUGAAGACGAGCUGUCAAUCAAAGAGGGAGAGAUCGUCGCCAUCAUCAACAGGGACUGUGCUGACGUGGGGUGGUGGAUGGGGGAGAUAAGAGGGAGGAAGGGAGUCUUCCCUGAUAACUUUGUGAAGCAGUUAAUACCUGAUGUAGAGAAAGAGAGACCAAAGAAGCCGCCUCCCCCCAGCGCCCCUUCGGCUAAACACACCACAGAGAAAAGGUCAGAGGUCAAGAAGGUACCCCCGGAGCGCCCAGAGCACCUGCCUCACAGACCACCUGACGACAACAAAGGUGAGGAGGUGAAGGUUGGAGAAAUCCCUAAGCCCGCCCUCCCGUCCAUCCCUCCAAAGAAGCUCCACCCACCAAAUACAAGCUCCUCCCACCUCCCUCCCCGACGCCCAGACAGACCUGAGAAAACUCCUACUGUACCGUGUGAGAGACCUAAGUCUGAGGGCGGGGCUGUGACUCCAGAUCCUGCCUCUGACAGGUCAAAAGAUAUUGAUGUGGUUGACUUGGACUCGGUAGUCUUGUCUACAGAGAAACUAAGCCAUCCCACCGCAAUGCGACCAAGAGUCUUCGACCGCAGACCACGCUCCCAGAUCAUCAGCACAUCUUCUCUGUCCAGUAUUGACCUGGUGGAGGAGAAGACCAGAGGGAAGAACAAGCAGCAGGACUCCUUGUGUCCUAGACCAGUAGAUGUGUCUAAGAGGAAAGCACUUCCCACCAUCACUGUACCUGACAGUAAGGGUGUGCUCCCCCCACCGUCGACAGAAAGCCUGGCCCUCCACCCUAUAAGCCCCUCCCCUUCAUAUGCAAACCCCACCUCUUCAUUUAUAAGCCACUCUCCCGAGUCCAGGCCAACACCCACCUUGGAGGAGCUUAGGGGACAGCUGAAAGAGCUAAGAACCUCUGUAGAACUGCUGAAGAGCCAAUACAGGCAGGAGAUGAAGCAGUUGUCUAGUGACCUGAACGAGGAGAAGAGUUUCCGCCUGACUCUGCAGAUGGAGGUGGAGAAGAUUAAGAAGAGGAUAUCUAAAUGAACUUUCACCCUCCUCAGUGCAUACUGAUGACAUCACCUCACGCUGGAGCCAGUGUGACAUCAUCCCGGGGCAGGGUUCAGACGAACUAGUUUGUGCCAAAAAACAACAACAUCAAUGACGGACGAUCCCAAUCCCUUCUGUCUGUUUGUUUUGAAAAGGCUUGCUUAUUUUUUUGCCAUCUGAUUGGAGUGCUCUGCAUCAGGGGCGUAGCCUCACUGGUACUCACCUGUCUGUCACCACGGUACUCAAAACACCUGGAACACCUUCAACUGCUGUUAGUGUGUGUGUGUGUGUGAGUGUGUGUGUGUGUGUGUCAGCAUACAAGGUUUCCAUGGCAGCCCCUCACUAUGGCCUUCCUUCCUGUUUUAGACUUCUUUCUGAUGACAAAAAUACAGUUUCUGGACUUCAUAUCUCCAGGAAAGUGAAAUAGACUUUUAUAUUCCAGUGUUCUAAAGAUGAAGAUUAUGGAUGUGUGCCGAUUUUAAUAAAACAAAACUUAACCAA